AUGGCCGAAGCUGAAGCUAUCUUCAUUGGUGCCAAUAGACAAACACACGUCAGUGAUGUUCAUCCAACAAAGAAAUUUGUUGCUUUUGGUGCAGGUAAUACAAUUGCAUUAUGGAAUCCAUUAUCACCAAUUUCAAGAGGUGUUUAUUCAACUUUAAAAGGCCAUAAAGCUGAAGUAACAUGUGUUAGAUUCUUAAAAAAUGGUGAAAUCUUAGUAUCUGCUUCUGAAGAUAAAACUGUUAAAGUUUGGGGUUUUACUGAACCUGAAUCAUCAUAUUUAAAAUUAUUACAAAGUUUUGAUGAAGUUCAUAAUAGUUCAAUUAUUGCUAUUGGUGUUUUCGAUGAAAUUUUUGCAACUGGUGAUAGUACCGGUCUUGUUAAUUUAUGGAAAUUGAAUUCAGAUGGAAAAGUUAUCAAGAUUCAUGAUUUUAAGACUAAAAUUGGUGUAUUACCAUUAGGUAUUGCAAUUCAAGAAAUAACACCAGGACAGUACUUAUUAUCACUUGGUGGUUCCAAAUUCAACGUUUUCAUUUACAAAUUUACAUUAAUUGAUGAUGAAUUCAGUGAUUUUGAAUUAGUUGCAGAAUUAGAAGGUCAUGAAGAUUGGGUUAAAGCUUUAGCUUUUAAAAAAUUAAAUGAAGGUGAUUAUUUAUUAGCAAGUGGUUCACAAGAUAGAUAUAUUAGAUUAUGGAGAAUUAGAUUGAAUGAAUUAAUUGAUAAUUCAGAUGAAGAUGAGAAUAAAUUAACAUUAUUAUCAAAUAAACAAUAUAAAUUUUUCUUAAGUAAAGAUAGAGUUGCAAUCAAUUUUGAAGCUUUAAUUAUGGGUCAUGAUGAUUGGAUUUCAGCAAUGAAAUGGCACGACACAGAAUUAAAAUUAUUAGCUUCAAGUGCUGAUACUGCAUUAAUGAUUUGGGAACCAGAUGAAAUUUCAGGUAUUUGGAUUUGUAGUUCAAGAUUAGGUGAAAUUAGUACAAAAGGUGCAAGUACAGCAACUGGUUCAUCAGGUGGAUUUUUCGCUUCAAUAUGGUUUAAUAAUGGUGAAGGAACAGAUUAUAUUUUAACAAAUGGUAAAACAGGUGCUUGGAGAUUAUGGAAAUCUCAAGAUCAAAUUAAUUGGGAACAAACAUUAGCCGUGACAGGUUCAACUAAAAAAUGUACAGAUCUUUCAUGGUCUAUUAAUGGUGAAUAUUUAUUAUCAACUUCAUUAGAUCAAACUACAAGAUUAUAUUCACAAUGGUUAGUUGAAGCUGAUGGUACAACAAGAACAACUCCAACAUGGCAAGAAUUUGCAAGACCACAAAUCCAUGGUUAUGAUAUGAUUUGUAUUUCUACAUUAUCAAAUACAAGAUUUAUUUCAGGUGGUGAUGAAAAAAUCUUAAGAUCAUUUGAUGAACCAAAAGGUGUUGCAGAAAUAUUGAAAAAAUUUUGUAGAAUUGAAUUAGAAACUGAUAUAAUGCCAGAAUCUGCUUCAUUACCUGCAUUAGGUCUUUCAAAUAAGGCUACCACGGAUGAAGAACAACAAGCACCAACUGAUGGUGAUAAUCAAUUAAGAGAAACAGCAGAUACAAAUAACAUUUCAUAUGAAAUUUUGAAUGAUAUGAAAUUACCACCUUUUGAAGAUCAUUUACAAAGACAUUCAUUAUGGCCAGAAAUUGAAAAAUUAUAUGGACAUGGUUAUGAAAUCAUUUCAGUUGAUUCAAGUCCUGAUAAACAAUUGAUUGCAAGUUCAUGUCGUUCAAAUACUCAACAACAUGCAGUUAUUAGAAUAUUUGAAAGUAAAAAUUGGCAAGAAUUAAAACCAAAUUUAAAACUACAUAAUUUAACAGUUACAAGAGUUAAAUUUUCUCCUGAUAAUAAAUAUUUAUUAACAGUUUCAAGAGAUAGACAAUAUGGUAUUUGGGAAAGAAAUUUUGAAGAUAAUAGUUUUAAAUUAGUUCAUGAGAAUCCUAAGGCUCAUACAAGAAUCAUAUGGGAUUGUUCUUGGAGUCCUUUAGAAAUGGGGAGAUUUUUCUUUACAUGUUCAAGAGAUAAAUCAGUUAAAGUAUGGAAACAAGGUGAUGAAAAAGUUGAAUUAAUCACAUCCACGAAAUUUGGUAAUCCAGUUACUUCAAUUGAUGUUCAUAAGAAAACCAUUAAUAAUAAAGCAUUGAUAGCAGUUGGUUUAGAAGAUGGCUCUAUAAUUAUCAAUACAUUUGAUGGUAGUGAAUUAAAAGAAAUCCAUGCAUUUGAUGAAAAAGAUACACCAGCUGAUAGAAUUUCAAGAAUUAAUUGGAGUGUUAAUGAUGGUGAUAAACUACAUCUUGCUGUGGCAAGUCAUGAUCAUUCUACACGUAUUUAUUCUAUUUCAAAACAAAUUGUAUAG